CCAUCAUUUUUAACUACCUCGGGUGGGUUGAGCUGAAAGCGGCUUCGCUUGUCUGCCGCCAAUGGGAGAAUCUGGUAUUCCGAGGUCCCCGCAUGAAUCAAGUGGUGUUCAUUCACACGCAAAUGACCAGCUCGGCUUAUCGUUUGAUUUGGCUGAACAGUAACCGAUUAUAUCAACACCUUGAGCUCGAGCUGGGCAGCCGCUUUGGGCCGACUUUUGAAGAAGUGCUACAGAAGCUACAGAAAUUCGGGUCCCACAUUUUGACGCUGAUCAUAUGGUCACAGGAAACGCUCACUACCGACCAACUGCAACGGCUUCUGGCCUUGGUCCCAAAUGUGCAGGAACUGGCGAUUAGCUGUCUUGCCAUCGAGACGCCACGGAACGACCCCAACCGGCUCGGUGCCCCGUGCCCGAAGUUGGCCAAGCUGAAGCACUUGCAACUCAGCGUGGUAUCGUCCGAUUUACGAGCCAUCCGGGAUGCGCUCCGGUUACCCAGCAACGCCCCGCAGCUGGAAGGUUUGGCCUUGUGCAAUGACGACGGAAGUUUUGCCGAUGUUUUGCGACAUUUCAGUGGCCAGCUGAAGCGCCUUGAAAUGAACUCCGCGACGGAGCGGCUUUUUCGGCUGCACUUUCCCCGGUUGGAACAGUUGAAGCUGCGGCCCGAAAAUCGCCAUGAGCAGCUUCGGUGGUCCUGUUUCGAGUUUUUUCAAAUGCACCGCACGCUCGACCAGCUCUCGAUCCGCUGCGCGACCCCGAGAGACUUGAUACUGACCAUCGCGAGCCAUUGCCGGCGCAUCACGCGUCUGGGGAUUAAUGUAGCCAGCUUCGAGCCAGGUGAGUUGGCGUGCCUGGCGCAGCUAACCAAGCUGAGGCGCCUUGAAUUCAUCAAUAAGGUACAACCGCAUGUUUUUACCGGAUGUACGCCAAUGGCUUCACUCGAUAAGGUCCGCUUUACAUCGAGUGAUCCUCGAGUGGGAGUGUUCCAGGGGCUCCACCAGCUUGCGCCCCAGUUGACCUGUUUGGAGCUCGUGGAAGCCAGGUUAGCAGUUCCCGUUGUGCACUUCAUUUGCGAAAAUUUCUCCCAACUUGAGGUGUUGGUAUUUGAUGACUGUGAGAUGGAACCGGAGGCCCUCGAGCGAAUCAACCAAUUGCCACGUCUGCAGGAUCUUCGGUUGAUUGGCUCAAGCUUGCGUGACUACUCAAAGCUUCCCCCGACCAACGUUCGCCAUCUGACGAUAUCGGAGUGGAGAGAGUUCACAGCAACCGAGAUGGUUAACAUUCCGGAAAGUUUCCCCAUGCUCGAGACGUUCAUCUCGAUUGGCUGCUCAAUCAAUGACCGCGGUGUGGAAAUGCUCCAUCAAACGUUUCCGAAAUGCUCUAUCAAUAUAACUAGACGCUGACGUCCCAUUUAAAAAAAGCCCAACAUUCAACCAUUUCAACUCGGCGAACGCCCGACCAAUAGUUCAUCGCACCGGCAACAAUCCGGAAAUGGGCAGCAUAUUUUUUAACGAGCCGCCGCGAGAGAUUAGAAGACACCGCGAAGCGCGGACGAUACGAAGACGAGAAUUGAGCCAAGUGGCUAUUAAACAUUAAAAAGGAGGCGCUUUGUCGGUUGGAACACACACACACACUGGUUUGAGACCCCAGAGAAAUCCAGAGCAUUACAAUCCCGAAGGACAUUCCCGUGCCGGUAUACGGCACAAAAUAUGAGGCAAAUUGCGCUCCCAACGAAAUAGUCCAUUAAAAUGAAUUCCUCCCACGGGGAGGGAGCAAAACUUUAGUGGGGCGAUUUGAGUGGAGCGUCACUGGCUGAUGGACAGUUGGUGAAGAGGGCCAAAAAGACAGAGAAAAGUAAGAAACGCGAGUCCUUCUCUGCCAAUUGGCGUAAAAC